UUUGCUAAAAACGUCAUCACUUUGUGUGAAAAUUAUCAGCGUUAAACAGACGACUUGCUAAUGGAUGGCUAUGGACGAAGAAAGCAAAUCUUCUUUAAAUUGCGAUUUAUUGAAAAAUCUAAGUCAUAAAAAGAGGAAAGCCUUGUUAAAGAAGCUAAAGCGAAAAGAAAAAAGACAGGCUUUAGCAAAGGAGAGAGAUGCACAUCUGGAAAAAGAGGAGUCGUUGCACUGUAAUUCUCCAAGUUAUGAAGCACGCAAGGAGCAUGAGGAGACAGAACUACAGGCAGCCAUAUUGGCUGCGGAGGCAGAGUCGCACAGACAGAGAGAGCUCUGGGAAUGGCAUGAACAGAGGUUUAUGGAGCAGUUAAAAUUGAAAGAAGAACAAGAGGAAAGAGAACGCCAGCAGAAAGCAGAAAUAGAGCGCAAAAUCAAAGAAGAAUGGGAGGAAAGACAGAAGAAAGAAAAGAAAGAAGAAGAAGAUAGGAGACAGAAAAAAGAACAACAGGAUGAACUUCUACGACAGGCAAGGCAAGCAGAAAACAAGGAUUCUGAUUGGUCCAACCCCCUUGGUCCAGUGAAUUAUGGGAAGGAGAGGCAACAAGAGACAUGUCCUUUCUUCUCCAAGGUCGGAGCUUGUCGGUUUGGGGAAAGGUGUUCGAGGGCCCACCCAUUCCCUGAAGAGAGCUACACAGUGAUGUUUUCUGGCAUGUUUCGACAUUUCCAGCUCGACCAGGGCCUUUGUGAAGAAUAUGACACAGAUAUUGUCUUGGAGUAUGAAGACAGUGAAGUUUACCAGAAGUUCCGGGAGUUUUACGAAGACACACUGCCCGAGUUUCGCACUGUGGGGAACGUGACACAGUUUAAAGUGUGCUGUAACUACCAGCCCCAUCUGCGGGGGAAUGUUUAUGUCUCUUAUAGCAGAUCAGAGUGUGCAGGGCAGGCGCUGGUCUUGUAUAACGCUCGCUGGUACGAGAGUCGUCAGAUAUCCGGACAGCUGGUGGAUAUCCCAUCCUGGCGUAGGGCCAUUUGUGGUUUAUUUGGAAGAGGGAAAUGUCCAAAAGGCAAAGAGUGUAAUUUCCUACAUGUUUUCAAAAAUCCAAAUGGAGAAUUCAAUAUGGCUGAUAGAGACAUGGAAGCCUAUACACCGAGAGAUAAUCAACCUAGCAACAGAGGCUACAGAAGGUCAAGGUCGCCUGAAAGGUCACACAGGUCAAUGUCAAGGUCAUCUAGGUAUUCUCACAGAAGGUCAAGAUCACGAGAAAGGAGCUACUCAUCCAGAAGUCAAUACUCUCACAGGAGGUCAAGGUCAAAGUCUAGAGAAAGUACUGCAACUCAUGACCAAUCCAAAAGGUCAAGGACUAGAAACAGGUCCAGAUCUAAAGACAGAGCAAGCUCGUAUCUGAGGUCAAGAUCUAGGUCAAAGGGUAAAAGAUCUAGGUCAAGGUCUCUUGAAAGAGAUUCACAUAAAAGAUCUAGAAAGUAUGGACUUAAAUUGGAAAGAAAAAGGUCUCAUUCAAAAGACAGGAAUGAAAGGUCAAGAUCUACAGAAAGAAAUUUUUCAAAGGUUAGAAAGAAGUCAAGGUCACAAGAAAGGAAAAAUGGUGGCAAUGAAGGACAUGAAAGACACUCAUCGUCUAAUUCAGAGGAUGAAAUUGAAAAUGGAACCAGUAAUGGUAAAUCUAGAAGAAGAAAAUCAAAACAUAAAAAGUUUAAAAAACACAAACAUGGAGAUGUUAAUACAGUGAGUGUGGAUAAUAUUGAAAAUUAUGAAAACAGUUUUGAAGAGGGAGAGUUUGUUUGGGUAGAAAAAGCAACGAAAUGUUGAUUAGUUUGAGUUGAGGCACUGUGCAGUUUGCUGUUGCACUUGUUUUCCUUUAAAAUGGCUUAUAUAAAUGUGUUUUUUUUAUUAACAUACUACACCUGUUCAAAGGACAGCUGAAUAUUAAUCAUAUUAUUUACUAAAAGUUCCAUCAAGGUGUUAUGUCUGGUUUUUAAAAUUACUAUGACCACAUGGGUCUUUGUUCAAUUUUGACCCUGUGUGAAAACUAUCUGAGGUGCAUGUGCAUGUAUGGCAAUAUUAAUGGGACUCUUUUACCUAUAAAAUGUGAACAAAAAAACUUUCUCUUUGCCUCUCGAGAAGGUCACUAGAACUGGUUUCUAUCCAGGAAACAGGAUUGAGAGUGAAACAUAGCGGUUUAAACCUGUCCUUACAAUAAAGCUGAAAUGAAUAAGUAAUUGUAAUACUUCAUAGUUACGUAACUGGACAUUUCAUCAUCGUCAUGGAGUAUUGUGUGCUAGAAAAAUACAUUUGAUAAUGGCUGUUGCUAAAGCAAAUUAACAUUAAUGGUUAUUGUUAAUUGAAAUUUAACAUUAACGGCUAUUCAUAUUAUAAAAUAUUUUCUCCAACUCAUUUAAGUGUGAUUGUGCAAAUGAUAAAUGUCUAUCAAUCGUACUAAUCAUGAAUGUGGUAAUCACAUAUCAACACAAAUAAAACAGGCUACAUUUCCUCUUCUGUGU